AUGCAUGGUCUAAGUCUAUGCAGAGCGAUAGAUUUAACUGUUCUUGAUGGAUACAAUGCGUUGAUGAAAGAAUUGGACAAAAUCUUUGAUCUCAAAGGCGAGCUGUGUGCCGGCCAUUUAUGGGAAAUAGUCUAUAUAGACAAUGAAGGAGAUAUGAUGCUCCGGGGACGAUCCAUGGCCAAACUAAUCUUAUGUUCAAAAGAGGAGGUUAAGAAAAUGAAGUCAGCAAACGAUUCUUCUGAAGGUGUUUAA